CCAAAACAGACCCUCCACAACUGGCAUACUACAAAUUUUGGAUUCUUUCAUUCAGUUGAAUCAUGUUGAGAAAAAGCAUUUGCUUCCAUUGGUUGCAACCUGUUUAAUAAUUGUAUUUCAACUGUUAAGUAAAAAUAAAAAUCCAAAAUCUUGAAAAGAUAACCCCCAAUAUUCUAUGAGAUUCUACUAGUACAAAUACCACUCAUAGUUCUACAUCUUCUUUUAUCCCAAAAACAAAACCAAAGUGAUAAAAAAAAAACCUUGAUCAAUGGAGAUAAUCUCAAAAAUCUUAUUUCUCUUCUUUUUCCUCCUCCCAAUUCUAGCUGCCUCCUCGGAAAAUCAGGUUUAUAUAGUAUACUUGGGAGGGCAUAAGGGAGAUAAAGAAGUACAUGAGAUAGAACAAUUUCAUCACUCUUACUUAGCCUCUGUUAAGGAAACAGAGCAAGAGGCUAGAGCAUCUAUGCUUUACAGUUACAAACAUAGUAUUAAUGGCUUUGCUGCUACUCUUACUCCCGAUCAAGCCUCUAAACUAUCUGAAUUGGAGGAAGUGAUAUCGGUGUUUCGAAGCCAUCCAAUGAAGCACGAAAUGCAUACAACAAGGUCAUGGGAAUUCGUAGGGUUGGAGGAAGGAAUCAAAACAACACAGAUGCACUCUCAUACAGCGGGGAUGACUCAAGGUUUACUGUCAAAAGCAAAGUAUGGACACAAUGUCAUCGUCGGGGUCUUAGAUAGUGGAUUUUGGCCUGAAUCAAAGAGCUAUAGCGACGAAGGCAUGGGACCAAUCCCUAAAUCAUGGAAGGGUAUCUGCCAAACUGGGGAUGCUUUCACCUCCUCUCAUUGUAAUAGGAAAGUAAUAGGAGGCCGGUACUACGUGAAGGGGUACGAGAGCGUGUAUGGCCCAUUAAACCGAACGUUGGACUACCUAUCUCCACGUGAUAAAGAUGGCCACGGAACACACACCAGUUCAACAGUCGGAGGUCGAGCAGUCCCUGAUGCUGCCUUCAUGGGAGACUUAGCAGAGGGAACAGCUUCUGGGGGUGCCCCAUUGGUUCACCUAGCUAUCUACAAGGUAUGUUGGGCUAUUCCUGGGCAAGACAAGGUUGAUGGGAAUACGUGUUUUGAAGCAGACAUGUUGGCUGCCAUGGACGAUGCAAUCAACGACGGUGUACAUGUCUUGAGUAUUUCAAUUGGGACGUCGCAGCCAACAGGGUACGCGCAAGACGGCAUUGCAAUUGGAGCUUUGCAUGCAGUUAACAAGGGUAUUGUUGUGUCUUGUAGUGCUGGUAAUUCUGGACCUCAUCCUGGGACUGUGGCAAACACUGCACCAUGGAUUAUCACUGUUGGGGCUAGUAGUGUGGAUAGGAAGUUUAAUGCUCCUGUUGUACUUGGCAAUGGAUUCAUCCUUGAGGGUCAAACAACUACCACUUAUCGGUUGGACAAUGUUACAUAUCCACUCGUUUAUGCCGGAGAUAUAACUGUACCUAAUGUCACUCAAGAAUUAGCUGGGCAAUGCCUUCCAAAUAGUCUGUCAUCAGAAAAGGCUAAUGGUAAAAUAGUAUUUUGCAUAAGAGGAAAUGGAACAAGAGUUGGUAAAGGGUUGGAGGUUUUAAGGGCAGGGGGGAUUGGCUACAUAUUGGGUAAUGCUAAAGGACAAGGAGAAGAGAUUGUUGCUGAUCCCCAUGUUCUUCCUGCAACUGCUUUGGGUGAAUAUGGAGCAAUGCAAAUUCUCAAGUAUAUCAAAUCCACCAGAUAUCCAGCUGCCAAGAUCUACCCAGCAAAUACACAAGUAGGCACAUCACCAGCACCUUUCAUGGCCUCUUUCACUAGUAGGGGACCCAGUGUUCUUGAUCCUACUAUUCUCAAGCCUGAUAUUACGGCCCCCGGUUUGAACAUAUUGGCAGCAUGGAGUGAGGCAGAUGCACCAACUAAGUUGGCUGCAGAUGACAGGAGAGUGCAGUGGAAUAUUUACUCAGGAACGUCAAUGUCAUGUCCUCAUGUAUCUGCUGCUGCUGCGCUCCUUAAAGCUAUCCAUCCUACUUGGAGUUCUGCUGCCAUUCGAUCUGCUCUCAUUACCACAGCUGGUCUGAAGAACAACAAUGAAUCUCUAAUAACUGAUUCUAUGGGCAACCAAGCAGACGCUUUUCAAUACGGAGCGGGUCAUUUCCGACCCACAAAAGCAGCAGACCCUGGUCUUGUAUAUGAUGCAUCUUACACUGACUACUUGACUUACCUUUGCAGUUUAGGAAUGCCAGGUUUUGAUACAUCAUUCAAAUGUCCACAAAAACUACCCAAGACAAAUGACUUAAACCAGCCUUCCCUUGCAAUUCCCAAACUCAAUGGAACUAUGACAGUCACAAGGACAGUAACAAAUGUUGCUAAAGGAAAGAGUUAUUACUUUGCUUCUGUCAAGCCACCAAUGGGAUACAAAGUUAACAUCUCACCAAAUAUAUUGGUUUUCAAGCAUAAAGGACAGAAGAAAACCUUCAGUAUCACAGUUGAAAAGGAGAGAGAUGUAAUUUCUAAUACCCAAGCAGCCAACGGACAGGAGUACCAAUUCGGGUGGCUCACUUGGUAUGAUGGCAUUCAUACUGUCAGGAGUCCUAUGGCUGUCUCUUCUGUAUAAUCCACUUUUUUAGGUUUCAGGAGGUUAUAUUUUCCUUGUUUUCUAAACUGAUUUCUAGCUACAAUGAAAUAGAUUAGGGUACGUAUGGUAGAAUGUUUACUUACAGUAUUUAUCAAAAGUCCAAAUCUCAAUUUUUACUAAAAUGUCAUGAUUUCUUAUCAUAUCAUAAGUUAAUUCCUUAAUUUCAUAGA